CGUCCCGGGACGAGGAUGAGUGAGGCGGGCCGGUUUGCUUUGCAGGGAGGGAUGUGUCCACCAAUGCCUGUCUUGGCCGCCUGGCCCGGCCCGGCCCGCUGUGGCUCCUUAGUGAUUGCCUUUGUUGUGGUAACGGCGGGACUGCAAGGAGCGGCCAUGGAUGAGUUUCAGCAGGCGGAGGAGGUUGCCUUUGUCGUUGAUGACAUCAGCACCAUCAUUAAAGAAGCAGUGGAAAACACCAUAGGAGGAAAUGCCUAUCAACACAAUAAGGUGAACCAGUGGACAUCCUCAGUGGUGGAGCAGUGUCUGAACCAACUUACCAAGUUGGCCAAGCCCUUCAAAUAUAUCGUGACCUGUGUUAUAAUGCAAAAGAAUGGAGCGGGCUUACACACUGCCAGUUCGUGCUUCUGGGACAAUUCCAUGGACGGAAGUUGCACAGUGCGGUGGGAGAACAAGACUAUGUACUGCAUUGUGAGCAUCUUUGGGCUUGGUGUCUAGGGCUCGCUUCACCGACUGCUACAUGUUAUGUGUGAACUACUUCAGUCAUUUUCAGAAUUGUUCUUUGAGUGUCCUAUAGCAGGAUUAAUUGAAUAUUAAGUGCUGAUCUCCAUCAAUAACGCUGUAUUGCAUAACUGUAACUUGGCAACUGUAUAAAGUGGAUGUAACAUGAAUGGCUUACUGAAAAUCAUUGCAAUCCAAUUAUUCAAAUGUUAUACCAUUGGUACUAAUCUAUUAAAACAAUGUUCGGGGAAGUACUAAGGCAGAUAAAAAUGCUGGAGGAACUCAGCGGGUGAGGCAGCAUCUAUGGAGCGAAGGAAUUGGUGAUGGUUCAGGUCGAGACCCUUCUUCAGACGGAAGUACUUAGGGGAAGUAUUGUUCAAUUCAAUUGCUCACUUUGUGUAAAUGUUGAUGAAUUGAAACUUAAUCUUACCAUUAUUCCGACUCAUUUGUAUCACCCAAACUAAACCUGCUACCAAAUAAAAUUAGAGAGAUAUCCCUGUGUAUGGGAUUGUUAAAUUGGGUGAUUGGGAGAUACCAGAAGAGAGGAGCUGGAUAGAAACAUAGAAAAUAGGUACAGGAGUAGGCCAUUCGGCCCUUCGAGCCUGCACCGCCAUUCAAUAUGAUCAUGGCUGAUCAUCCAACUCAGUAUCCCGUACCUGCCUUCUCUCCAUACCCCCUGAUCCCUCUAGCCACAAGGGCCACAUCUAACUCCCUCUUAAUUAUAGCCAAUGAACUGGCCUCAACUACCUUCUGAAGGAGAGAAUUCCAGAGAUUCACCACUCUCUGUGUGAAAAAGCGUGGCUGGUAUAAGUUGCAACUCAGGCGUGGGAGAAAUACUCCAUUAAGGCAACAUCCAGUAAGGUACACAGCCGCAGAGGAAUCUCAUCAUAUUGAAGACAUAGAUGACAUUUCGGGUCGAGACCCUUCUUCAGUCUGAAAAAAGGGUCUUGACCCGAAACAUCACCCAUUUCUUCUCUCCUUCUCUCCAUGGAUGCUGCCUGUCCCACUGAGUCACUCCAGCAUCUUGUGUUUAUCUUCGGUGUAAACCAGUAUCUGCAGUUUCUUCCCACUCAUCACACUGACGCCCCCAUAGGGAAAAAACAAACAGAUCUCGACUUUGGAGCCUCCGCUGCGGGCUCAGUGGACGACAUCGUCGGGAGCUCGCAGGUCACUGGUUGGAGACCUGUUUUUUUCCGGAGCUCCCGCAACAACAGCUUCGCCCGCUGGACUGGAGGGCGGCAGCUUCGUCCGCCCCGGGCCGCGGAGUUUGAACCGGCCCGUUCGCGGAGCUCGCAUUCAGCCUCGGGACCGACUUACUCACCAUCACCUGGCGGGGUCACAACAUCAUCGCCUCAGCGCAGAGGGAGAGCAAGGAGGAAAGAGGCAAGGACUUUGGGACCUUUUUUUGUGUGUGUUUUUGUUAUUUAUUCUAUGUUAUGACUGCAGGCUAAACCAUUUUCAGUGCAACGACAAUAAAAUUGAAUCUAAUCUAA